AUGUACCGCGCCGAUAGAAACAAAGAGCUCAGCGUGAAUGGAGGUUCUUCUGAGGCUGUUCCCAGCCAAUCUUUGGCAUCUAGAGGGGAAGUACAGCCCUCUGCAGGUGAAAAUGAGGAGAGGACUCUAGAUGCUUCCCUGCCAAAUGCUGAAACAUCCCCAGCCGGCUCCUCCCCGCCCUCUCCGGCUUCCAGACCUUCUCCAGCAUUGUCUGUCACUGCUAAACCUGCCCAUGGCACAACUGCUGCUUUAACCACAUCAUCCUCUUCAACCCAGGAGGCUACAACCAUCACAGCACCGUCGUCAUCGUCCUCUCCCUCCCCUGAGCCAGGAGAAGCGAGUGCUUCAGGAGCUGGAGGCAUCAAUAAGUAUCUGCCUGCACAAGUCAUUUUUCAUCUUGUUGGGAGCUGGGGAGGAUUCCAUCCUUCUCCAGCAGAGUCCGCUGUGGAUCCUCUGAGGGAGCCUCCUGCGCAGCUGCAGCUCGUCAACAUCAUCAGAGGAUCCUACAUAAGCUGUCUUCAGACCUUGCCUCAACGCCGCAGUGUUGUUCCAGUUGGAAACCUGUACCUCCUCAGUGAAAGCUCUGGAGGAGCAAACCUGCCGAGCCGACCCUCUGAGCCAAACCCUGAAGAUCCUCUGAAAAUCUCCAAGCAGCUCUGGACUAGAGCUGAAGAACCAAACCCAAGGUCUGAUCAAGCUAGACGUGAGACGCUGAAGCAGCUAGCGGAUUCUGCUAACAGACUUCUCCCCAGAACCAACAGUGACUCUCCCAAGAGAACCUCAAGAACCCACAAGGAAACCUGUACCUCCUCAGUGAAAGCUCUGGAGGAGCAAACCUGCCGAGCCGACCCUCUGAGCCAAACCCUGAAGAUCCUCUGAAAAUCUCCAAGCAGCUCUGGACUAGAGCUGAAGAACCAAACCCAAGGUCUGAUCAAGCUAGACGUGAGACGCUGAAGCAGCUAGCGGAUUCUGCUAACAGACUUCUCCCCAGAACCAACAGUGACUCUCCCAAGAGAACCUCAAGAACCCACAAGGUACAAAUCUGAGUUCACUUGGAAACCUAAUCCUAUCAGCAGUCAUUAACCGCUCUGUCUCUCACGCAGACUCCGGUGAAACCAGAACCCAGGCCCGAACCAGUCAUCCGUACAUUCUGUGUGUUGAGCUUCAAUAA